GUCAGGGAGGCUGCGGGCGGCUGUAAUGGCGACUCUGUUGUGUCUGACGUGAUCGGAGUCUCACUGCAUCCGUGCGGCUCUAAACACGCAGGCGGAUUUUCUCUUUCAGCGGCGACCUUCAGCGGGAAUUCCAGGGAACCCGGAGCGGCGGCUGGCACUCUUCGUUAAAUGAGCAGCGGCCGGAAUAACCGAGUCAUGAUGGAAGGAGUGGGCGCUCGAGUGAUCCGCGGCCCGGACUGGAAGUGGGGGAAGCAGGACGGCGGAGAGGGCCAUGUGGGCACCGUCAGGAGCUUCGAGAGCCCCGAGGAGGUGGUGGUGGUCUGGGAUAACGGCACCGCGGCGAACUACCGCUGCUCCGGGGCCUACGAUGUCCGGGUCCUGGACAGCGCUCCGACAGGUAUCAAGCACGACGGCACCAUGUGCGACACCUGCAGGCAGCAGCCCAUCAUCGGCAUCCGCUGGAAAUGCGCCGAGUGCACGAACUACGACCUCUGCACCACCUGUUACCAUGGAGACAAGCACCACCUCAGACACAGGUUCUACCGCAUCACUACGCCAGGCAGCGAGAGGGUUCUUUUAGAAUCUCGACGCAAAUCAAAGAAGAUCACAGCGCGAGGAAUCUUCACCGGGGGCCGCGUGGUGCGGGGAGUGGACUGGCAGUGGGAGGACCAGGACGGCGGAAACGGCAGGAGAGGAAAGGUGACGGAGAUCCAGGACUGGAGUGCAGCGAGUCCUCACAGCGCCGCCUACGUCCUCUGGGACAACGGGGCCAAGAACCUUUACCGAGUCGGUUUCGAGGGCAUGUCCGACCUGAAAUGUGUGCAAGACGCCAAAGGAGGAACUUUCUACAGAGAUCACUGUCCAGUCUUGGGUGAGCAGAACGGGAACAGGAACCCGGGCGGCCUGCAGAUCGGAGACCUGGUCAACAUCGACUUGGACCUGGAGAUCGUCCAGUCUCUGCAGCACGGCCACGGCGGCUGGACGGACGGCAUGUUCGAGACGCUCACCACCACGGGGACGGUGUGCGGCAUCGACGAGGACCACGACAUCGUCGUCCAGUAUCCCAGCGGCAACAGGUGGACGUUUAACCCGGCCGUCCUGACCAAAGCGAACGUGGCGCGCAGCGGCGAGGUCCCGGCCGGCGCUGAAGGAGGAAGCUCUCAGUUCAUGGUUGGAGAUCUGGUGCAGAUCUGUUACGACAUCGACCGCAUCAAGCUGCUGCAGAGGGGACACGGAGAGUGGGCGGAGGCCAUGCUGCCGACCUUGGGGAAGAUGGGCCGAGUGCAGCAGAUUUACUCUGACAGCGACCUGAAAGUGGAGGUGUGUGGAACUUCCUGGACCUACAACCCGGCCGCCGUCACUAAAGUGGCUCCUGCUGGUUCUGCCAUCACCAACGCAUCUGGGGAGCGUCUGUCUCAGCUGCUGAAGAAGCUGUUUGAGACUCAGGAGUCGGGUGACAUCAACGAGGAGCUGGUGAAGGCUGCGGCUAACGGAGACCUGGCCAAAGUGGAGGACAUCCUCAAGAGACCGGACGUGGACGUGAACGGGCAGUGCGCGGGACACACAGCCAUGCAGGCGGCGAGUCAGAACGGACACGUGGACGUCCUCAAGCUGCUGCUGAAACACAACGUGGACCUGGAGGCUGAGGAUAAGGACGGAGACCGGGCGGUGCAUCACGCCGCGUUUGGUGACGAGGGCUCCGUCAUCGAGGUUCUGCACCGAGGAGGAGCCGACCUCAACGCCAGGAACAAGCGCAGACAGACGCCGCUGCACAUCGCGGUCAACAAGGGUCACCUGCAGGUCGUGAAGACGCUGCUUGACUUCGGCUGCCACCCCAGCCUCCAGGACUCGGAAGGAGACACGCCUCUUCACGACGCCAUCAGCAAGAAGAGGGACGACAUGCUGUCUGUCCUGCUGGAGGCCGGCGCCGACGUCACCAUCACCAACAACAACGGUUUCAACGCUCUCCAUCACGCAGCGCUGCGCGGGAACCCCAGUGCCAUGCGUGUGCUGUUAUCCAAACUGCCACGGCCCUGGAUAGUGGAUGAGAAGAAGGACGAUGGCUACACCGCCCUUCACCUUGCUGCACUUAACAAUCACGUCGAGGUGGCAGAGCUUCUAGUACACCAGGGAAGUGCCAGUCUGGACAUCCAGAACGUCAACCAGCAGACGGCGUUGCACUUGGCUGUGGAGCGGCAGCACACGCAGAUCGUCCGGCUGCUGGUGCGAGCCGAGGCCAAGCUGGACGUGCAGGACAAGGACGGGGACACACCGCUGCACGAGGCCCUACGUCAUCACACCCUGUCCCAGCUCCGGCAGCUCCAGGACAUGCAGGACGUCAGCAAGGUGGAGCCCUGGGAGCCCUCCAAGAACACGCUGAUUAUGGGACUGGGGACCCAAGGAGCGGAGAAGAAGAGCGCCGCCUCCAUCGCCUGCUUCCUGGCAGCCAACGGUGCUGACCUGACCAUCCGCAACAAGAAGGGCCAGUCUCCGCUUGACCUGUGCCCUGACCCGAGCCUGUGCAAAGCCCUGGCCAAGUGCCACAAGGAGAAGACCAGUGGCCAGGUGGGCUCCCGCAGCCCGUCUUUGAACAGCAACAACGAGACCCUGGAGGAGUGUAUGGUGUGCUCGGAUAUGAAGCGGGACACGCUGUUCGGGCCGUGCGGCCACAUCGCUACCUGCUCGCUGUGUUCGCCUCGCGUCAAGAAGUGUCUCAUCUGUAAAGAGCAGGUCCAGUCCAGGACCAAGAUCGAAGAGUGUGUGGUUUGCUCAGACAAGAAAGCAGCCGUGCUGUUUCAGCCGUGUGGUCACAUGUGCGCGUGCGAAAACUGUGCCAGCCUGAUGAAGAAGUGUGUGCAGUGUCGGGCGGUGGUGGAGCGGCGUACUCCUUUCGUCCUGUGCUGCGGAGGGAAAGGUAUGGAGGAUGCCACUGAUGAUGAGGACCUUACAGGGGGCUCUAACUCAGUGGCAGGGGGGUCGCAGGAUCUUCUCCAGCCCAACAAUCUGGCGCUAAGUUGGUCCAGCGGAAACAUCCCAGCUUUGCAGAGAGACAAGGACAACACUAAUGUCAAUGCAGACGUGCAGAAGCUUCAGCAGCAGCUCCAGGACAUCAAAGAGCAGACCAUGUGCCCGGUGUGUCUGGAUCGUCUGAAGAACAUGAUCUUCAUGUGCGGCCAUGGCACGUGCCAGCUGUGUGGUGACCGCAUGAGUGAGUGCCCCAUCUGCCGGAAGGCUAUCGAGAGGCGGAUCCUGCUGUACUAGAGCUCCAGGCCUCUGACUCCUCCACGCUUCACACCACAGCACCUGCUCCUGUGGCUCUUGCUCUCAUCAGUGUUACAGCAAUUCUUUCUUUUUUUGUUAUUGUCUUAAAGCAACCUUCAGGACUCUGGAAGUUUUGCUACAUCAUUGUUUAUUCUCUUUGGUUCGUUACAAGCUCAUUGCAUGGCAAAGGAGGAAACCAUUGCGUCUUGUGCUCUGCUUUAUUGUCCAUAGAUUUUGGCUUCUCCAUAAACGUAAACUUGCUUAUUAGGGGGUAUAUAUAUUUAACGGAGUGCAUCAGUGCUCUGUCUACCACAUUUAUGAGCUCAGAACACAACACCACAAGUCUUUACCUAUGCAGCACAUUCACCUUCAGCGUCUAUCUAACGGGACUGCUGAGCAGAAGCUUGCACGUUCGAAUUUGUCUGCUUUCUUCCCUGUAUUGUUUUUAGUGUCGGUGUAAACCUGCAAGCUUAGAAAAGGAUGCACCAAUUCCAACAGAAUCCUCGCAAGUUCAAAUCCCAACAAGUUAUCCGUGGAACAAAACUGUCUGUGAUGUUUGGUUGGGCGGGGUUAUUCUGUGCCCUGUCAAUCACAGCAACACUAGCCAAUCAUGAGCGUCUGUGAGGUCAUGUAUGCGGAAGAGGGCGGAUAGCAGUUUCCUCGGGGUGUUAAGUUGUAUAACAUUGUAUUACGGUGCACUGUGAGGCAGAAGUUUGAAAAGACGUGGUUAGCUGCCUUCAGGGAAACCUGUGUUUCGUUAACUAAUGCGCUGUAGAUUUUGAUAAAACGAUGGAGCUGAUUUCUCACAAGUAACAGCGGUGAUGGACAGAUCAACCAACACACUAGAGGUGGAAUGGUCAUUUUGUUAUUGUUUGUUUUUGUUUUUUUUUAUGACAUGGAAUAAAACAAGGCGCUAGCCUGAGCGAAGGUGUUUGGCUGUUCUGUUUUUUCGAGAGCGAAAACGCAGGGUCAGGUCGGCACCUCGGAAUUGAGUGCUCCAGGUGUUAAAACGACAACAAUUGGAAAGAAUAUAGAUCGAAAAUAGAAGAAAUGGGAUCGAGACGUUCCUAAUUCCUGUGAUGACCUGGCGACUUGUCCAGGGUGUACCCUGCUUCUCGCCCAUAGUCAGCUGGGAUAGGCUCCAGCUUGCCCCCAACCCUGUACAGAAUAAGCAGUUACAGAUAAUGGAUGGAUGUUCUUAAUUCAUUUCAAACCAAGAUGCUCUGCCAAUCAGAAGUUUGGAGACAUCUCUGUCUGUUUGCAAUGAUUUUCUUUCAGUUUGCCAAAACAAACUUUAUAAUAAAAGUGAGAGCGCGUAAUUAUCGUAAACAACUUAAUCCAGCUAUUCGAAGUGCUCAUAUUUCUUUGGUGAACCAUAUUAUGGGGGAUGCUGGGGGAAGUCAUGGCCUAAUGGUUAGAGAAGCAGUUUUAGGACCAAAUGGUUGCUGGUUCAAUUCCCUGGACCAGCAGGAAUGGCUGAAGUCCCCUUGAGCAAGGCACCUAACCCCCAUCUGCUCCCCAGGCUGCUCUGGGUAUGUUGUACAUCACUCUGGAUAAGAUGCCUAAUGUAAUUAGGCCCUUUGGAAUGAUCACAACUCGUAAAUCAGGUAUAUAUCAUCUUCAAUUUGAUUGGUUAACUAAUUAUACGGUGAUCAUAACCCUGAUCCUGAAGCUUGUGGCCAGAAAAGUAUACCGAAGAUACAAGACUCUGUGGCUCCUGGAUGUUGUUUUGUAGCUGAGGCAAAGUUUCGAAAAGCUUUCCACCAGCAUUGUUCUUCACUUUGCGUGAAAAUGGUGAAAUGUCCAACUUAUUCAUUGUGUGUGUGUGUGUGUGUGUGUACGUACAUACCAUACAUGCCCCAAAUCAGAUCAACAGAACUCUAGUCGGAUAUUGAUGGAGUAUUGUGCUCGCUGUCGGAUCGGUGCAUCCUUACUUUAAGCAUAAGAUCAACAAGCUUCUGCUUCUUCGAGCUUCUGCAAACACAUUUACGGUCGACGUGAGCAAGAAAGCAAAGCUGCAAAACACUAAACACUGUCGUUAUCUUGUCAAAACUGCCCAAAAUCUUUUAGCUGCCAUUUUCGAUAUUAUAAUCCGGUCACGAAGUUUCAAGUGACACAUCCUUUUUUUUUUUUUUUUAAACCAUCAUUUUAAAAUGAAUACUAGAAUCUUGAGUUAUAUAGAAAUAGUAUAACCUCCAUCCACCAUGGCAUGUCGUCAUGAUGUACUUCACAUACCAGCUUUCCGACAGUAUGUCCACACACUUAGUAUUAUUGUUCCACGUUCCAAGAUGGAGGUGCUAAGGACAUGAGGUCGGGUUUUCAGAGCAAAAACCAACCGAAUCCCACGUAAAACGAACCUGAUGGGAUGGUGGAAGUGUCCUGUUGUAUCAUUGAUUUCAAACAACUGAAAGAACGAAGCGCUGAAAAACAAGACACAAAAAAACCCCACCAUAGUUUGAUUUGUUCUUGUUUUUCGCUCUUCUCUCUACACUGAAGUUGAGCGUACAAUCGAAUAUAAAGCCAAGAAAAGAAGUAUAUACAAUAAAGUCUUUCAGAUAGCAGACUUUUUUUUAUGGUUAGCAAGUAUGAGAAGUAGGACGCUAGGUAGCUUUUCUUCCGUUCGCUUGAGCAGCGACGAGAAAAGUUUGUAGCCUGAAAGAAAUAUUUACCAAAAGAACAGAGUGCUCGUGUAGUUCAGCAUGUCUAGAAGCUCACGUCGCUAUUCGGAUUAGAACCUCUCUCCUCUUUACGGGCAGUGUUUUAACCACGCCGAGGUCUUUAAACGAGUGGAACUUGUUAUAUAAUUUAUUGGAGCCAUCUGCGGACGACUCUAUAGAUUACCAGUGCAAAAUCUUUUUUUUGUUUGUUUGUUUGUUUAUUUGUUUGUUUCUUGGUGGGGGAAAAGUAGCUUCAUACUUUUUGCCUUUUUAAUAUUUUGUAUCAUUUUCAGUGAACACGUUAACAUCCGAGGCUUAGAUGCACUAAUGUACUUUAAUGGUAGUAUCGUAUUGUCAUGGUUACUUCUUCAAAGGUCUAUUUUGUACCUUAUUUUCAGUACAUAAAGAUUCUCCAGGUUUAAAAAUGAAAAAAAAAAGUUUGAUGUAUGCAGUAUGUUUAUCAUGGGGAAAAUAUCCAUUCACUCUGUAUUGCCAAGAGCUUUUCAAAGAAAUGCAUUGCAGAAUAAAGAUCUAAUGAAACGUGAAA